AUGAGUUUUAUCAUUUUAGUAAACAUGGUAAUAAAAUAUAGUGGUCCACACCAUGUUGGUUGUCUUGAUUUGAUGCUCAAGUCUGCAAAAAUUGUUGAAAAUUUUCAUCCUGAUGUUUUAUCUUGCUCUGAUCUUGGUAGUCUUUUGCGACUUUUUUAUCCAUCUGAACCUUCAUCUCAAAGUUCCAAAAAAGCAACAUGGCUUCCUGAACCAAAUCAAGAUCAAUACUUUGAAGGAUAUGUGCGUGAACUUCGUUUUGGGUACUUCACUAAAAAAUUAUUGAGUUUUUGGAAGUCAUUUAGUUUACCAAUAUUUGUAAACGAGCAAUUAGUUAGACACCAGGAAUUGAGACCUGUUUUUAACAAUCAUUCUUUGCCAGUUAUUAUCUUUAGUCACGGUUUGAUGGGACAUCGCAAUUGUUAUACUGAAUUUUGUGCCCAACUUGCAUCUGAAGGAUAUCUAGUUGUUGCAGUUGAACACAGGGAUGGCUCAGCUAUCAGUAGUUUCAUUAAAGAUGAUAAAUCUAGUAGGUUAGUUGAAAUACCAUAUCAUGAAAGUCCUACAAAUGAUUCUCCAGAAACAACAGCUCAAAGAUAUAUUCAAGUUGAGCAAAGAAGUAAAGAAAUUAGCAAAGCUUUAGAUAUUGUUGAACUUCUAAACAAGGAUCCAACUUUAAUUGAAAACUGUUUAGAAACUGGCAAUUUUUCCAUUAAGGAUUUUCAGGGAAGGAUAGAUUUAUCAAAGCCUUUUCUAAUUGGUCAUUCGUUUGGAGGAGCAACCGUAAUAGACACAUUGAAUAAAGAUAACAGAUUUAAGUGUGGUGUUGGAUUAGAUGUUUGGUUUACAGCACUAACUGAUGAAAGUUUUUCCAACCCUGGAAAACAAUCUGUUCUUUUAAUAUUCACUGAAUAUUUUAACUGGAAAUCUAAUCUUCAAAAGACAUAUAAUUACAUGGCUCAAAAAGAAAAAGGUGCAACUGAGUUGAUUACCCUAAAGGCAGCUGAUCAUUACGAUCAAUCAGAUAUUCCUGGAAUAAUUCCAACAUUUUUUCAUCCAUUUCUCAGAGGAUUUCUUAGACAUCGAAUAUCUUAUGCUUCUGCUAUUGAUGUACAAAGAAAAGUGAUUUCUGAUUAUUUCAAAAAAUGUUAUAACAAGCAAGAUGGAUCAUGUGUAAAUUUGAUCGAUGACAAGUAUAAGCUGUCGCCACAUUUUUUAGUGGGCUCGAACAUAGAACUUUCAAAUCAUUGAGAAUGAAAAAGUCUGAAAUAGCCAAUCAUAAUGAGGAACAUAAAAUUAAAUCAAGUUUGUGCGGUACUUGUGAAUUUCUACUUUUUAUUUUUAAUAGUUUCAAUGUUAAUUAUGAAUUGCAUAUAUUUUUA